ACCAUGUGAGUUUAAUUAAUCCAACUAAUUGUUAUCUAUUUUCAGUACUUAGAUGCCCGUGUUUAUCUCCAUUAUCACUUAUUUUCACUAUUAUAUAUUCGCCUUAAUUCUCUUUAACUUGACACAAUUCAAUUAAAAACAACAUUGUUAAUAUCACAAUUCAUUACAUUCUCUAUUCCUCAUCUAAAUAACAUUAAAUCUAUGAAAGAUUUCCCAUAUACAAGUUGCGCCACAUACAUCAAUUUACAACAUCUAGAUUAAGUAUAGCCAGCUAAUAACUAACCAAUACUUGUGUGCAUUCAAUUUGUAUCAUACAAAAUUACAACCUAUAUAGUUUCAUUUUAAGAAAAUUUAUUUUUGAUUAUUACCAAGUAAAAUCAAAUUAGCUUGGUUAAAAUGAGUUCAUCAGAUGAGCCACAAGCUGUUGAAAAACACAUGCCAACUGAACCAACACCCAUAUGGAAGCUCAUAGCUGUGGCAUCCAUCGCGGCCGGGGUGCAAUUUGGAUGGGCACUACAACUCUCACUUCUCACCCCUUACGUCCAACUUCUUGGUGUUACACAUACAAUGUCAUCCUUAAUAUGGCUAUGUGGUCCGGUUUCCGGUAUUGUCGUUCAACCUACGGUUGGGUACACUAGUGAUCGUUGUACCUCGAGGUUUGGACGUCGAAAGCCUUUUAUUACUAUUGGUACCACGUUGAUCUGUCUUGCUGUGUUGUUGAUUGGGUUCGCAGCUGACGUAGGCUAUAGUUUUGGUGACAACCUUCAGAAGAAGACUAAGCCUAGAGCUGUUGUUCUUUUUGUUAUUGGCUUUUGGAUCCUUGACAUUGCCAAUAAUAUGGUUCAGGAUCCAAGUAGAGCAUUCUUGGCAGAUUUAUCAAAACAUGAUCAUAGAAAGAUGAGAAUGGCAAAUGGUUUCUUCUCAUUUUUCAUGGCAGUAGGCAACGUCUUAGGGUACGCGGCAGGAUCAGCCUCAGGCUUGUACAAAUUCCUCCCUUUUACAAAGACGACCGCCUGUGACACAUAUUGUGCAAACCUCAAAACAUGCUUCUUAAUUGAUAUCGUUCUACUCGUAGCUGUAGUUGUGAUUGCUCUUGUUGCGGUGAAGGAGCCUCCGGUUGAAAGAAUUUUUGAUGAUGAAACCCCAUUUUUCAUCCAAGUUAAAACCACCUUUAAGAGUCUUGGAAAGUCUAUGUGGUGCCUUUUCAUUGUUACCGCCAUUAAUUGGAUUGCUUGGUUCCCCUUCUUGAUGUUUAACACCGAUUGGGUUGGUCUUGAGAUCUAUGGUGGUAAUCCACAGGGAAAUCCCGGCGAAAAAAGAUUAUAUGACAUGGGAGUAAGGACAGGAGCAUUAGGACUAAUGUUGACAGCAUUGUCACUAGGAUGCAUGUCACUUUGCAUAGAUCCAUUGUCAAAAUUAUUAGGGGGUGUUAGAUAUACAUGGGGUCUAGUCAAUUUUAUCUUGGCUGCUUCUUUAGCUGGUACACUACCACUGACUAAAAUGGCUGAAAAAGCUAGAAGGCAUAAGCCUCUUCAUGCUGCUCCUUCUCCUAGCAUCAAGAGUGGUACUUUAGCCCUCUUCGCCGCCACUGGUAUUCCACAAGCAGCUACCUAUAGUAUUCCAUUUGCAUUGGCAUCCAUGUACUCAUCUGACAACGGUGCUGGCCAUGGACUUUCACUAGGAUUGAUGAAUUUGGCAAUUUGUGUACCACAGAUGUUCGUGUCAUUAAUAAGUGGACCAUGGGAUAAAAUAUUUGGAGGAGGGAACUUACCUGCGUUUCUACUUGGCGCAGUAUCAGCAGUGAUCAGUGGAGUCUUAGCUCUAACUAUCAUACCUCCAACAGCCGGCAAUGCAUGAUACAUCCACUUUUUUUUUCAUUUUUAUUUUUAUUCUUUUCUGGUUUAGUCCAUUUUGCAAUCCCUAAUUAGGGUGGGGGUAAUUCUCUCCUCUAGUGGGGUAAAUUUAUUCACAAGGCAAAGUUACUUUUAACUGUGUACUGUAGAAUCACGUACACAAACAAUUUUUGUUUGUACUUGCAACCAUUUUAAAUAUGGUCUUAGCUUGAUUACAAUAAAAUAAAAAUAAAAAUGAUAACUUUUUUUUUUGAGGUUUUAAUCAAAUUUGAAUUGUUCCAAUCAUUUAAAUUAAGUUUUGUACCUUUGAUAUAUUUAUUAGUUAGAGUAGUUACUACCUUUUA